AUGAGCUUCCUCAGCCUGCAGCGGGCGGCGCCGCCGCGGCGCGUCUCGGCCCGGCGGGCGGCGGCCCCGAUCCGGCAGAAGCUGCUGUUCCUGAGCGGCCACAGCGACUGUGAAGAGGAGGAGGAAGAGGAGGAGGAGGAAGGCUGCGGUAACAACAGCGCCAACAGCACCGGCGAGGACUCGGCGUUCCAGGAGGCGGACUCGCCGCUCUCGGCCGCGCGCACUCCGGCGCGGAGCGACCCGCCCCUGCUGGAGGAGGAGGAGGAGGAGAUGGAGCCGGCGGCGGCGCCGCUGCCCGACGAGGGGGACUCGUGGGAGGAGGAGGGCUUCGGCUCCUCGCCGGUCAAGUCGCCCGGAGCCUACUUCCUGCUCGACUCGCCCUCGCCGCUGGCCCCGCACAAGGGCCGGCGCUGCUGCGAACGCUCCCCCCCGCCGGCGGCCGGCGGGUACCGGAGGUCGCGGGGCGAGGAGCCCGGCUCGCCGCUGCCCGACUACCCAGGCACGCCGCCGCACAAGACCCUGCGCAAGCUGCGCCUGUUCGACACGCCGCACACGCCCAAGAGUUUGCUUUCUAAAGCACAAGGUUUAGGCUCCAGCUCAGUCAAACUUCGAGGGGGCUCGCUGUUCAUGAAUGUUGGGAAAUCAGAGAAGCAAGGAGAAGAUUUUAGACAAACACCUCAUGUGAACAUCAAUCCCUUCACUCCCGAUUCCAUGUUCCUUCACAACUCUGAAGGCAAAUGUCGCAGGAGGAAGAGGAUACACUGGAAUGACCCUUGUGGAGAGGACGCGGAACCGAGUGAUGGAGAGCCUGAAGAGGAAACCAUGAGACCUGCUAAGAGGAUAACAAUAACAGAAAGUAACAUGAAGUCACGGUAUGCAACUGAAUUCCAUGAAUUGGAGAAGAUUGGAUCCGGUGAAUUUGGCUCUGUGUUUAAGUGUGUGAAGAGGCUGGAUGGCUGCAUCUAUGCAAUAAAACGAUCCAAGAAACCCUUGGCUGGCUCAGUGGACGAGCAGAAUGCUUUAAGAGAAGUCUAUGCACAUGCAGUUCUGGGACAGCAUUCUCAUGUAGUGAGGUACUACUCUGCAUGGGCAGAGGAUGAUCACAUGCUUAUACAGAAUGAAUAUUGUAAUGGUGGCAGUUUAGCAGAUGCCAUAAGUGAAAAUUACAGGAAUAUGCGUUACUUUACUGAACCAGAACUGAAGGACCUGCUGCUUCAAGUGGCUCGAGGUUUAAAGUACAUUCAUUCAAUGUCCCUGGUACACAUGGAUAUCAAACCUAGUAACAUUUUCAUAUCUAGAACAUCAGUCCCAAGUAUAACUCUAGAGGAAGGUGAUGAUGAUGACUGGUCAUCUGAUAGAGUCAUAUUUAAAAUAGGUGACCUGGGCCAUGUAACUCGAGUCUCUAGUCCUCAAGUGGAAGAAGGUGAUAGCCGUUUCCUUGCAAAUGAAGUCUUACAAGAGGGUAACUGUUCUAACUACACUCACUUGCCAAAAGCGGAUAUUUUUGCUCUCGCUCUGACCGUUGUCUGUGCUGCUGGGGCUGCACCACUUCCAACUAAUGGGGACCAGUGGCAUGAAAUUCGGCAAGGGAAAUGCCCAGACUACCACAAAAGUGCUUCUCAAGAAUUACUAGACUUAAUAAAAGUUAUGAUUAAUCCUGAUCCUGAGAAAAGGCCUUCGGCGGUGGCACUGGUGAAGCAUUCAAGUGCUCUCUCUGCUGCAAAAAAGAGUGCGGAGCAGCUCCGGAUAGAGCUGAAUGCUGAAAAAUUCAAGAACUCGCUCUUGCAGAAAGAGCUGAAGAAGGCCCAGAUGGCAAAGGCCGCGGCCGAGGAGCGAGCCCUGUUCACUGACAGAAUGACCACAAGAUCCACGACACAGAACCGACCAUCCCGGCUCAUCGGGAAGAAAAUGAACCGCUCCUUGAGCCUCACCAUAUACUAACCAUGGAGUCCAGAGGAGCGGCAGAGAUGGCCACAGCUUCUCUGCCAGACCGGUGAUACUGGUCUUGUCCUGUGAUCGCUAUCGCCUUAGCGUUUUACAGCUAUUGCUUCUGGGUUUUUACUUCUACUCUGUGGCUGAUUCCAUAUUAACCAUUUGAGUGAAUGGACUCGGUUACUCUCCUGUCUGUAGAGGGUCCUGGAUGUUAUUCCAUAAGCCUUUCGGUUACACUGUUAAAUGUUACAUUGUCCCAGGGUUAACCACUAUAGUGGUGUGCUGCUUUGUAGUGUUACAGCAUUGUACUAAGAAGCAAUAUCCCUAAUCUUUUAAGGAGGAGGGAGGCGGCCUUAUUCUGAUAGUUAAUUUAUUUUUUUUUACUUUUUUUUGCUUU